CAUUUUUCCUCCGUUCCAUUCUUCUCUCCUCGCCUCCCCUCCCCUCCUCUCUUGAACCCUCCGCCGCUCCGAGGAAAAUCCGAUUUGAAUUGAAAAUCAUCCGGAGACAGAGAUCUUUUCUUCCUCGAAGCUAUCUUCUCUCUCGACUCGAUCCAUAGCUGCUCGCGUCCCUGUUCCUCGCCGGCUGGCAAGUGGCGGCGACGGGACGAGGUCUUCAUCGCCUCCUCGCGAGCGACGAUCACCCACUAGUUUGGUCGGUCUGAGGCACAUGAUGAUGGCCAACGCGAAGCUCCACAAGCAGGCCCUGCUGCCGCCGCGGAGCCCCUUCCCGACGGCGGCGCCGUACGCCGACCGCGGCCCAAUCGCGCGGCCGCAGGUUGGCGCCACGCACCACCGCCACGGCCACCACCAGCGCACGUCGUCCGAGAGCUUCAUCGAGGAGCAGCCGCCGUCGUGGCUCGACGACCUGCUCAACGAGCCAGAGACGCCCGCGGCGCGGCAGAGCGGCCGGGCUGGGCACCGCAGGUCGUCCAGUGACUCGUUUGCGUUGUUUGACGGUGGAGCUGCUGGUGCUGGUGCUUACGCCAAUGGUUUCGAGGGGAUGGGGAGAGGAGGUGGGCAACCUGCGCCGUGGGGCGGUGUGCAGGAGUACUAUGCCAAGCUGGCCCCGAUUGGGAGGGCACAUGGCCGGCCGUGGGAGCAAGGCAUGCCGAAUUCGGCGGGCUUCAGGCAUGGUGGUGGCCUGCCAAUGCCCACAAAAGAUAAGGUUGGUGGGCAUCAUGGGCCACCGAAAGUGUCGAGGGAGCAUGACCAUGGCAUGGACAAGAGAACUGAUGAUGCUGGCCAUGAUCAAAAGGUUGGAGCCAAGGAGGGUGUGCCGCCGAAGCAUGCACAGUCAGAGGCGGACAACAAGCGUGCUAAACAGCAAUAUGCUCAGAGGUCUCGUGUCCGGAAGCUGCAGUAUAUUGCAGAGCUUGAGAGUAGAGUCCAGGCAUUACAGUCAGAAGGGGUAGAAGUGUCUGCUGAAAUGGAGUUCCUUAGCCAGCAGAAUAUCAUGCUAGACCUGGAAAACAAAGCCUUGAAGCAAAGAGUGGAGAGUCUAGCACAGGAACAACUUAUUAAGCGUUUUCAACAGGAGAUGUUUGAGCGGGAAAUUGGUCGUCUCAGAACAAUAUAUCAGCAACAGCAGCAACAACAGGCUCCUGCUCUUGUUCGUAGUAACAGCAGGGACCUUGAUGUGCAGUUCGCCAACUUGUCUCUGAAACACAAAGACCCCAACACGGGCCGGGAUGCUCUCUCUGGGCCUCUUCGUACUUAGUUCUUUCCAUCCUUCCGUUCUUGUGGGUUCUAUCAGUGGCCACCACUGUGUCUGUCAUCUCCACCAAGAAAGGAGAAGUGCACUUGGAUUGUGUGAAAAACACCGGAAAAAGGCUAAUAGCUAUGGAUCUGAUGUUUAUUAUUUCGGGAUAUGCACCUGGCGGUCAUCCUCAGCUCGCGUCCAUUGGUGAUGCUCGACCAGUCGGCGGUGUUUAGGGUUUUUGUUUUUAGCUAGAUGCUUUUCAAGCAUCAUUGUACCAUUUUUCAUGCUAGGGUUCUAAUCUGUUACUACCCCCGUUUUCCUGAACUGUGUGCUUCAAGCAUCUUAG